AUGUCUGAGUGGAGUGAUCGCCGAGGACUCUCUCAAAGAGGCAAGGAGGUCCAUGUACGUGGAGAAGCGAGAGAAUGGCCUGCUCCACGUAAACAGUCUGGCGCUGGUAUCAUCGACGCAGUCAGACGAGCUUCCACGAGCAGCUCCGAUGGGCUAGACAAGACGAUCAGUAACACGAGCGGAGCACCAGCCUCGCCGACCAGUGGCCGGCGAAGGUCAUCGAACACAGCCUUAUUCGCCAACCUGGAAAGCCACAAGCGAGGUAGCGAGGACUAUGGCGAACGCCGGCAGAGCCAUAGCGAACACGCAUCUGCGGGUGUGUUCAGUGGUUGGUACAAUUCUACUUUCCGUGGAUACGCGAAGAAUGUUGCGCCGCCCGCUCCGAUCAAGGAGGUGAACCAAGAAUCGAAGAGAGGUGUCAUGGAAUGA